UCGAACGAGUUCAUAGAUGAAUCAAAAAAGAAUUUUUUAUUGAUUCUAUCUCCUAUUUUUUCAUGAAGAGAGCGAAUCUUUUUUUUUUUUUUUCCGAAGGAUCAGAAAAAAAAGAGGUCCGGGAAUUAAAAGAGAAGAAAACAAAAAACCUCUCCAAACACCAUGAAAAGGGAGUAAAGAAAGGAAAGAAAAUGUAAAGGGAGUCAAUGAUUUGGUCCCAUCAAUCCCAAUAUAACAACUUACUCGCUUCAGGACUGUGAGACUAGUAAAAAAGAAGUAUAAAUACAUAAAACCCAAACAACAACCCUGAAGCCCAAAAAUCCUCUCAAAAUUAGAACAAAAAUUUUAAUCUAUCAGUUUACAAAAUAUAUUACUUAAAAAAAUAAAUCAGUGAUCAGUGCUUUCAUAGUUAUUAUGGCUGUGGAAGAAUCAGCAAUUAGCGUAGAUUUACUUCACGAGGAAAAUAAUUCAUCGGUUGCAUCAUCUGUCGAUCUGGACCGUCCGUUUGAUCACACAACCACCGACUCAUCUCCACCGUCCGAUCCACCGCCGUCAUCUCUUUCAAGGAAUUCUUCAUCGAGUAGACUCAACGCGCUUGCUCCAGCAUUCGUUCCACGCGCUUCCUCACCGUCAAUUUCUCCGUCACCGUCGUUGACUGAUUUGAAUCAGGCCGUAAAACCGUUAGUCCACGUGUAUGCUAACCCGGUUCAGAACCAUUUUGUGUAUGGUGGUGGUCCGGUUCAGUUGCCGGUUCAGUAUAACGGACCGUUUUAUGGCGGUGGAAUUGGACAAGAGGUGGUUGUUGGUGAUUUAGAUCAUGCUAGUAAAUAUGGAGGGUUAACUGAAGAUGCUGCUCUAAAGAUUGUUAAUCAAGUGGAGUUCUAUUUCAGUGAUUUAAAUUUGGCAACAACUGAUCAUUUAAUAAAGCAUAUGCUCAAGGACCCGGAAGGAUAUGUACCAAUAUCUGUGGUUGCAUUGUUCAAGAAGAUUAAAGCUCUUAUAAGUAGUCAUGCACAGCUUGCUCAAGUUCUGCGGAGCUCGACAAAGCUUGUAGUUAGUGAAGAUGGAAUGAAGGUUAAACGGAAAAUUCCUUUGACCGAAACCGACUUGGAAGAGUUGCAAUCUCGAAUAGUGAUUGCUGAAAAUUUGCCUGAGGAUCACUGCCAUCAGAACCUCAUGAAGAUUUUCUCAGCUGUUGGAAGCGUUAAAAUGAUUCGCACCUGCUUACCUCAGUCUUCCAAUGGUGGGGCUUCUUCAGGAUCUAGAACAGCAAAGUCAGACAGUAUGCUGUAUAGCAACAAGUUACACACAUUUGUGGAAUACGAAUCCGUUGAAUUGGCUGAGAGGGCGGUUGCAGAGUUAAAUGAUGAGGAUAACUGGAGAAAUGCUCUGAAAGUCCGAUUAUUUCCUAGAAGCACAGGAAAAUCUGGUGAAGCUCGAGGAAAAAAAGUUAGUCAUGAAAGUGAACAGGACUUCAAGGGAGAUGAUGGUUUUGCAUUAGACGUCAACGAGAAGCUUAAUGAAGAGUCAUGCCACCAUAUUGAUGCUAAAUCUAAUGAGCUUGCAGAGGAGCAUGUCAGUGAUGGUCGGAAACCUGGUCGUGGUGGUCAUAGUCGUGGUCGGGGUAAGGGACAAGGACAGGGUCAGGGACGUGGACGUCACCUGUUUCACCAAAACAACCGUGGAGGUCAUUUAAGGGCUCCCAUGUCAAAUGUGAAUCGUGGAAGCAGUGUGGGGAAUGCCCCUUCAAAUAUCAACCGUGUUGGUCUAGGACAGCCUGUCUCUGAGCAGUCAGUAUUAGCCAAGCAAUCUUCUGUACCUCGUAUGCCGGAUGGCACUAAGGGAUUCUCGAUGGGUCGAGGCAAACCGAUGGCUAUUAUCACUAUGUGAUAACUUCCUACAGUCCUGAAAUUGGCAUGCAAGAAUCUCCAUGAGGAAGGGAUGUGUCUCAUUGGUGGGUGAUGAUGGCACGGUUUUAGAAACAGUGCGAAUCCAAUGAAGCUGGUACUGUGGGUGAUUUGGCCGUUUGAGUCGACAGGUUCAUCUAUUUUGUGUUUGACUAAAUCAAAUGAACCUUGCACAAAAGCUGCGAUUUUGUUGUCAUUCUACACCAGAGUUUCUUGGAUGUAAAAAUGAAACAGUACUAGAGGAUUAACAUAAAGCUAUAUAGAAAUAGCAAAGAAUUAUACAACUCUAGUUCUCUCCGGCUUCAGCUCUCUGUGGGUGUACACUAGACACUAGUCAAUUAGGCAAUAUACGGGGAAAUUACAGCUCU